UAUCACACCCCUUCCCCCCUUGUUUUAUCUUACUGUCUCCUCCAUCGUACGAGCUUCUCUUCCUCCCACAUCCCCCGCCUUAUCGAUCGCUGUUGUCACCCAACAACCCCUCCUCUGGCCUCCCCGACUUCCCCACAUCUGACUACAAAUACCGCAAGUCGCCUCUUGUUAACCCCCCGGCGCACUGGGCUGCUACUUCAUUGGCUUCGAAUUUCAAUGGCCGCUGAAAAUGCCGACUUUCCCUUAAAGGAUGCUAGUCGGAAAGCCCAGCGCCCGACCAUUCGUCCUGUUCGCUAUACAUCGACCCCUUCUUCUUCUUUUGAAAGCCCACGGAGACAUCAUCACCGAAAUCCGAUAGCCAGGCGCCCAGUCAAGGAAACGUUAAACGCUCGCUCCGAGUACAGAACAAGCCAAGACGAUGGCACCGCAGAGCACCGAAUCAACCAGUAUGUGAUCAAACAGGAGAUCGGACGGGGGUCCUUUGGAGCGGUGCAUCUUGCCUCGGAUCAGUUCGGGAACGAAUUCGCGGUUAAGGAGUUUUCCAAGUCACGGCUGAGGAAGCGUGCGCAAUCCCAUCUCUUGCGACGGCCCCGGGGUCCCAAACGUCAAGCCGAUGGAUUCAAUUCCCCACUUCACCGUCGUCCACCGUUGGGGGAGGAUCAGAAGGAAAAUGCUCUCUACCUGAUCAAAGAGGAAAUUGCCAUCAUGAAGAAACUGCACCACAGCAACCUCGUGUCUUUAAUAGAGGUGCUAGAUGACCCGACGGAGGAUUCACUAUACAUGGUCAUGGAGAUGUGUAAGAAGGGCGUGGUGAUGAAAGUCGGGCUCGAGGAAAGGGCAGAUCCCUACGACGAUGACUUAUGUCGCUGUUGGUUCCGCGAUUUGAUCCUCGGUAUUGAGUACCUCCAUGCCCAGGGCAUCGUACACCGGGACAUCAAACCAGAUAAUUGCUUAAUCACGAAUGACGACGUUCUCAAGGUCGUCGACUUUGGCGUGUCCGAGAUGUUCGAGAAAGACUCGGAUAUGUUCACGGCGAAAUCAGCUGGCUCCCCUGCCUUCCUUCCCCCAGAGCUAUGCGUUGUGAAACACGGUGAUGUUUCCGGGAAGGCCGCCGACAUUUGGUCUAUGGGGGUCACGCUAUAUUGUCUUCGAUAUGGCCGUCUGCCGUUCGAAAAGCAAAGCAUUUUCGAACUUUACGAAGCCAUCAAGAACGACCCAGUUACAUGCACAGGGGAGGAAGAUGGCGAAUUUCAGGACUUGAUGGGCCGGAUAUUGGAGAAAGACCCCGCGAAGAGAAUCCCCAUGGAAGAAUUGCGAGCGCACCCAUGGGUAACAAAAGGUGGCUUGGAUCCUCUACUACCGGAAAGCGAAAACACCGCGGAGAUUAUCGAAUUCCCGACUGAAGAGGAGAUGGACUCGGCAAUCACAAAGACCAUUGGCCACGUACUUGCUGUGAUGAAAGCCGUAAAGAAGUUCAAGAAGCUGAUUGACCCGACAAAACCGGAAUCCCCUAUGCAAAGUUUCCUUGGCCAAGGAUACGAGUCCAAUUUCGUUGCGCCCCCUCUCGAGAUGGAAUCCGACGAGAGCUUCUCAUCCGCCGACUUCCCAGUCCCAAACAAGACCCAGAGCCUAGAUGCAGACUACAGAAAGGCAUGGGAGCGGGAGAGCGUCAACAAAGGGCAUCACCCGCCGCGCGGGUUCUCACCGUCCAACGGACCACCAGAUAACAUCAACAGACCUGCAGCCAGCUCGAAGCUCGAAAGGAAGGACUCCGGCUCAAUACGAAGCUUCAAUUUCCGCGGCGACGCCACCGAAGACGCACACAACAUCUCCACCCCGCAAUCCCCCCAAGUCCCACUCUCCCGCGCCAGCUCAGCAACCACCAAACGCAGCGUCGAAGGAACGCGAGGCCACGCACGGGAUCCCCUCGAAGAAGACUUCCCCUUCCUCUUCAUCGGCCCCUCCAGCUACACCGGCAACCCGACAGAAGAUCCAGCCUCGCCAGAAGCAGCCAACGAAUCCAUCUCCGAAGAACCGGCCGACAACAUGGUAUCCGCCGAACCAUCCGAAAUGAUGGACGUAGACCCAAUCGUCAGCGAAUCCCCCGGCGCCGCCGAAUUCGACAUCUACGAAACAGCCUACCGCAAAGAAAUCGAACGCAUCCACGCACGCACAUUCCCCCGCGAAGGCACAACCCCCAAGGUCUAUCUCACGCGCCGCGUAGACGGCAGAGACGAUGUCAUGAGGCUUCUUGGCGAGAAGCCUAGCAGCAGCCUCAGCUCUGCCAUUGAUGCAAUGAGAGCUCAGUCGGCGGGGGGAAAGCAGCAACAACAUCCGUAUUCUUCAAGUUCAACUUCAACACCCAUACCGGUCCCCAAUCCCACUCCAUCGUCUGCGACAGGACCACCACUUCCGGACGAGACUUCGCGCGCUAGAUUGCGCUCGUUCUUGGGUCGUGUUAGGGGUAGUCGGGGGCUUUGAACUUGAUUUACUUACGGAAGGGAGUAUGGUCAUAAAUCGGUAUCUUGGAUCUAGAGAAUACAUUUAUAGAAAGCAAGGGAAAGGGAAAGACUUGGUUAAUUUGGUUAGCGAAGCAUAAGCAUAAAUAGUAUGUACGUGAUUGAGGGCUAUGGUUUACGCAGAAAGUAUAUAUAUAUAUAUAUUGUUUGGUAUCCCCAAAAUACCCCUCAUCAACGAUCAGCGUUUG